AAACAUGUUUUUAACCUGUUGCAGACCUGGUUUCAUUACGUUCACCGCAUUAGUCCCAACUCACCGAAUAAUUCCGGAGUUCUUCUGCGCUCGGUUCACACGUGUUGCUGGAACUGCAGUUUUGCACAGGAAACAGUUUAUACACGUAGCUUCAUUUUUUUAAAAUUUCAUUAAAAAAAUAUAUAUAUAUGUAUAAUGAGUUUAAUUUAUGUAAGGUUUCACAAGAAAUGGGGGGAAAAAAAUUAGAGUGUAAUUUUGUUUAAAAUUCAUUAAUUCCUAAAAUAUGCAAAAAAAAAAAAAAAAAAAAAAAAAAAAAAAAAAAAAAAAAAAAAAAAAAAAAAAAAAAAAAGGAAAAAUAAAAAUAAUAAUAAGAAGAAACAAAAAACCCAACCAUAUUUAUUAAAUAUGUAUGAUCACAAUGUAUUAAUUAUGGUUUGAUGAAGCUUUAAAAAAAAAACGAAAGCAUUUUGUUUGUCUGUUUUGUUUUAAAUCACCAGGGUUCUCGGUAAAAAUCACGUUAAUUUGUAACUAUGAGAAUAUUAUAAUUUAAAAAAAUAUUUUUUAUUUUUUCUUCUCCUAAAAUAGAAGGAUUAUUUCAUUUGAGCAAAGGGGACAUAAUACAGAUCUGCUUCUCAGGCCAAGGAUUAGUGGACUUUGACCCUAAAUCAACAUUUGUUGGUCUAUUUAUGUUGGAAAGUAGCAGAACUUAA